AUGCUCUUUAGUUAAUUAAACAACCCGGCCAAUCGCAUAAAAUAUACAUACAUAUAUAUGAUAUGAUGUGGUUGGGAAGAUGGGUUGUUUGUGUUUGUUUGGUGAUGGUUGUGAAUGGUGUUAGAGUUGAUGCAGAUGAUGAGUUGCAGCCUUACAGAACUGCUUUCCAUUUCCAACCUCUCAAAAACUGGAUGAAUGAUCCUAAUGGUCCCAUGUAUUUCAAUGGAGUUUACCAUCUGUUUUACCAAUACAACCCUUAUGGUCCACUCUGGGGCAACAUUUCAUGGGGUCAUUCCAUUUCAUAUGAUCUUAUCAACUGGUUUCUUCUCCAACCCGCUCUCACCCCAAACCAACCUACUUACGACAUCAACGGCUGCUUGUCUGGUUCAACCACCAUCCUAAACGCCGCCAAACCCAUCAUUCUCUACACCGGCCAAGACCUCAACAACACCCAGCUUCAAAACAUCGCUUUCCCCAAAAACCUUUCCGACCCGCUUUUAAGACACUGGAUUAAAUGGUCUGGAAACCCCAUUUUGACUCCAAUCAACGAUAUUAAUCCGGCCCAGUUUCGUGAUCCAUCAACGGCUUGGAAAGGUCCGGACGGAAAAUGGAGGAUUGUGAUUGGAAGCGAGAUCGAUGGUCACGGAACCGCGCUUUUGUAUCGUAGUACCGAUGGUAUUAAUUGGACUAGAUCCGAAAAACCUUUGCAUUUUUCUAGUAAAACGGGUAUGUGGGAGUGUCCAGAUUUCUAUCCUGUUGCUAAUGAUGGGAAAAGAGGUCUUGAUACAUCGGUACAAGGGAAUAACACAAUGCAUGUUCUUAAAACAAGCUACAACAGUCGGGAAUAUUAUGUGAUUGGGAAUUAUGAUGCGAAAGCGGAUCGAUUUGGUGUCAUUGGUAACGAUUUCACGGUUAGCAGCACACAGCUUCAAUAUGAUUAUGGACGGUUUUACGCCUCGAAAUCGUUCUACGAUAACGCAAAACAGAGAAGAGUGUUAUGGGGAUGGGUUAAUGAAGGCGAUAGUGGAUCGGAUGCGGUCAAAAAAGGGUGGUCUGGCCUUCAAUCGUUUCCUAGAAGCGUUUGGCUUAGCGAUACCCGGAAACAGUUGGUACAGUGGCCGGUGGACGAGAUCGAGAAACUACGAACAAAACAAGUGAAUAUCACGAAUAGAGAACUAAAAGGCAGAACCCUACUCGAAAUACCGAGCAUCACAGCUUCACAGGCUGAUGUAGAAGUGUCAUUUAGUUUGUCAAAUCUGAACGAAGCAGAUGUAAUAAAUUCGGAAAUGGUUGAUCCCCAACUUCUCUGUGCACAAAAGAAUGCUUCUGUUAGCGGGAGUUUAGGUCCUUUCGGCUUGCUGGUUUUGGCUUCAAAAAACUUGACAGAACGAACCGCAGUUUUCUUUCGAGUGUUUAAAGGACCCAAUAAGUUCCUAGUCCUCAUGUGCAGCGAUCAAAGCAAGUCUUCAAUUGCACAAGAAGUGGACAAAAGCAUUUAUGGGGCUUUUCUUGAUUUGGAUCCUCACCACAACAUCCCGCUAAGAAGCUUGAUAGAUCAUUCGAUUGUGGAAAGCUUUGGUGGAGAAGGACUUGCUUGUAUGACUGCUAGAGUUUAUCCAAAGUUGGCUACUAAUGAAGACACCAAGCUUUAUGUAUUCAACAAUGGCACACAGACUCUAUCUAUUUCCAAUCUAAAUGCCUGGAGCAUGAACAAGGCUAAAAUACUUCCAUUGCCCUAGCUAACCUACUAUUCACUCAACACUAUAUACAUAUGCGUCUACCUCUUUAUUUUAUUUAUCAUAUAUAUUAUCCCUAGUAAUAGUAUACCUGUUUAUAUCUGUAUAACAGGCUUAAUACAAAAUAACCUAGUU